AUGGUUAUUGCAGUGAUGGGAUACGUGUUUUAUCCUCCUGGCACAGGCGGCUUUAGAACCUGGAUUGGAUUGCACUGGAAAGGAAGAUCGACAUGGGAUUGGGUUUGGGAGAGUGGUUCCACUUGCCCUUUCAGGAGGUGGGGGAAAAACCAGGUAACUCCUGACAACUGGCACGGUACUGGGAAUCCCGAACAAUGCGUUCAUCUCUGGAGCACUCAAUACAGGCACAUGUGGGAUACAUGGAACGACCUGGACUGUGCUUUGAAUGAGCAUUUCAUUUGUGAAACUGAUGAUUGCACCCAACUCUAA